ACCGGAGCAACGGAUCGGACCAUCAGCACGUCUCAAUACAAGAUGUCGACGACGGGCUUUGGGGACAUCGACUGGUCCGGGACAGCGCUGCUCCUGAUUGACAUCCAGGAGGACUUUAUCUCUGGCUCGCUGGCCGUGCCUACUGCCGAGGAGAUCUUCCCGCCGCUGAUCUCGCUCCUUGAGUCGACUUCCUCGCACGAUGCUCCUCCCUUGACGUUUCUCACGCAGGACUACCACCCGGCGGACCACGUCUCCUUUGCGUCGUCGCACGCGGGCGCCAAGCCCUUUACGACAAUCGAGGUGCCGCACCCGAGCCUGGCGGACAAGACGAUGGAGCAGGUCCUGUGGCCCGACCACUGCGUGCAGUCGACGUCGGGCGCGGACAUUGACGCGCGCAUCCUCGGCGCCCUCGAGGGACGAGGAAACGUCGUGCAAAAGGGCACGCAAAAGAACGUCGACUGCUACUCUGGCUUUGCCUCAAACGACUACGUGAGCUUCACCGAUCUGGCCCGCCGUCUCUUCUCAUCUCAACCAGCCCCCGGAAUGGCGCCGGUCCACACCGUCGUCGUCGCCGGCCUCGCCACGGGCUACUGCGUCCGCGCAACGGCCAUCGACGCCUGCAAGUAUCAUCUGCGCACCAUCGUCCUUACCGACUGCAUCCGCGGCACCGAUGCUGCCUCGACGGAGCAGGCCAUGCGCGAUAUGGAGCAAUUUGGCGCCGAGUUUGCAGAGACGACGACCCUCGCUAGCACUCUGUCUCGGCGAUGAGCAGCUUGACGCGCUGCCUAAUGGAAUUCUCAUCGGACAUGUACACAGAUAGGCACCAGACUGAAAUCGAGACUCGGAUGAGAAAGGCCACAGGGCUACAUGCGAU